UCUCAGAUAGUGAAACAAACAUGGCGACAGACUGGAGUGGACAGGGGUUUACAUUAACUUUAUUCGUUUUUUCGUGUUUUGUGGCCGGUGGACAGGCCGACGCUGGGCUCGCAGACCUGGGUAGCAGCACUCGGAUCAUCGGCAUGCGGCUGGAGAGGAGCGACAGGGAAUCCAACACCACUGACGAUGGGGUAAUACAGGUAACUGAGGAGAGCAACAUCCUCUUGAGGUUCUACGGGGUACAUAUCCUACCAGAGACGUCAACGAUCAUCAAGUUCAUGGAGACGGAUUCGGGUCAGGACGAAAAUGACAGUGGAAACCAACACACUGGCCCCUUUAACAGGACUUGUUACGAGCCCACCAAAGAUUUAGUCAUUCGGGGAGCCAUGAACGUCAGCGGUAAGGGCACCACUGGGGUGCUCAACGUGAAAGUCAAGCCCCUUCGAAAAAGUGAGAAAGAAAAGAUGUACAGCUUAUGUGUCAAAGACAGCCAGGAUAACAACUGGUACAAGUUGGGUGAGGAAGACGGAAGACUGCGGGUCGUGGAAGAGAAAACCUCGCUGUUGCCACUAUGGCUGCAGGUGAUCAUAAUCACUUUCCUCCUAGUUCUUUCAGGUAUGUUCAGCGGGUUGAACUUGGGGCUCAUGGCUCUGGAUCCCAUGGAGCUGCGAAUAGUGCAGAGCUGCGGCACUGAGAAGGAAAAGAAGUACGCCCGUAAGAUCGAGCCCAUCAGGAGGAAAGGUAACUAUUUGUUGUGCUCGCUGCUUCUGGGUAACGUGUUGGUCAAUACCACGCUCACUAUCCUCUUAGACGACCUCAUUGGCUCUGGGAUCGGUGCCGUGGUGGCCUCCACGUGUGGCAUCGUCAUAUUCGGUGAAAUCGUGCCCCAGGCUCUUUGCUCAAGACACGGCCUGGCAGUGGGUGCCAACACCAUCAUGGUGACUAAGUUGUUUAUGCUCCUCACUUUCCCCCUCUCGUGGCCCAUAAGCAAGCUGCUGGACUGUGUUCUUGGUCAGGAAAUUGGCACUGUGUACAACCGAGAAAAGCUGGUGGAGAUGCUCAAGGUGACAGAGCCCUACAACGAUUUGGUGAAAGAGGAGCUGAACAUGAUCCAGGGGGCUCUGGAGCUCAGGACUAAAACGGUGGAGAACGUGAUGACCCCGAUAGGGAACUGCUUCAUGAUGCAAGGGGACGCCGUCUUGGACUUCAACACCAUGUCGGAGAUCAUGGAGAGUGGCUACACUCGGAUCCCCGUGUACGAGACGGAGCGCUCCAACAUCGUCGACGUCCUGUACGUCAAGGACCUGGCCUUCGUGGACCCGGACGACUGCACCACCCUGAAGACCAUCACCAAGUUCUACAGCCACCCGGUGCACUUUGUGUUCCAUGACACCAAGCUGGAUUCCAUGUUGGAAGAGUUCAAGAAAGGAAAAUCUCACCUGGCCAUUGUCCAGAAGGUUAACAAUGAAGGCGAGGGCGACCCCUUCUACGAGGUCCUGGGAUUGGUCACGCUAGAAGACGUCAUCGAGGAGAUCAUCAAAUCGGAGAUCCUGGAUGAAUCUGACCUUUACACGGAUAACCUCAACAGGAAAAAAGUGGCGCCCAAUAAGAACAAGAGGGACUUCUCCGCCUUUAAAAAUGAGGGUGAAUCACAAGCCAAGAUUUCCCCUCAGCUGUUACUGGCUGCCCAUCGCUUCCUGGCCACAGAGGUGAGCCUGUUCAGCCCGUCCCAGGUAUUGGACAAAGUUCUGCUGCGGAUGCUGCGCCACCCGGACGUCAUCCAGGAGAUCAAGUUCAACAGCGAAGACAAGCGCUCGCCGAAUCACUACGUCUACCAGCGGGGCAAGGCCGUGGACUUUUUUGUUCUCAUCCUGCAGGGUCGUGUGGAGGUCGAGGCGGGCAACGAGAACAUGAAGUUUGAGACCGGACCUUUCUCCUUUUACGGCGUUAUGGCUCUCAUUGCCCCGACACUAGACUUCCGCUCGCCCUCCCACCUGAGCGGGCUGAACCGCACGGCGUCCCUGAGCGGCGCGGACCGCGGCGAGGCGCUGUCGGUGAGCGGCGGCAGCAGCAGCCAGCUCAACAACAGCAGCAGCAGCCCCACGCCACAGUACACCCCCGACUUCUACGUCAGAGCCCUGACAGACCUGCAGUUCGUAAAGAUCACGCGGUCCCAGUACCAGAACGGCCUGGUGGCGUCCCAGCUGGACAGCACCCCCACGUCCCCCGAGAGCAGCCGGGCGGACAAGGCCACGCCAAUCGCCGCCGAGCCCGGGUCCCGCGGCCACGCACCCGCCGAGAACGGGCCGGACGAGACCACCCUCCUGCUGCUCAACGAGCAGAACUGCCCCCCCCCCACGGCCAACCACCACAGCCAAUCCGAGAGCAGCAUCUGACCCCCCCCCCACCCCCCCCUCUCCGCAGUCACAUCCUGCAUAUGAAUGCGCGUGCGUCUGCUGUGGGCCAAAUGGACGGAUGAGUUGGUCGUGUGUGUGUGUGUGUGUGUGUGUGUGUGUGUGUGUGUGUGUGUGUGUGUGUGUGUGUGUGUGUGUGUGUGUGUGUGUGUGUGUGUGUGUGUGUGUGUGUGUGUGUGUGUGGAGGGGGGGGGGUUGGGGAAGAUGAGGAUUUAUGGACACUCCAUGCAAAGUGGGUACGGUCCAAUGAGACGGGUUCGCGUGCGCGCAGGUUUUGUACGUCCGUUAGGCUGGAGACAUAGCCUACGGGACUUAGUCACACUACACACACACACACACACACCUUUCACCCUGGACGUGUUUGCGUCCGUCGGUUCAUUUAGUUUCCUCUUGCACAAGCUAUUGGAACCGUUAGGACCCUAUCUCAACCCAAUCACAGGCCUGCUCUCUAACCAGAUGUUAGUUCAUUGUGCUGUGUCUGUCUGUCUGUCAGUCUACCCUUGCCGUGGGUAAAACUGUUGGUACAUUCCUGCAUGUAACCCCCCCUCCCCCCGACAGCCACUCCAAACCUCUUCUGCAUGCACACCCAUGUCCCAGACAGACCCACCCAACCGCCACCUGUUCCUAGCAUGUGAGAGGACCUCAAUUCAACCCGACGUAGUCGACCAUACUCUGUAAGAAAACUAUAACAAAGACCUUUUUCAUGUCGUGCAUUUCAUAGUUCAGACAUGUCUUGGUUUUAGAUCCAGAACGUGCACGUGCAUGUGACCAGUAUGCAUUUUUUUUUUUUUUUUUUUUCCAAGUCCCGUAGAGGUGUGUGUGUGUGUGUGUCCGUUCAUUGCCCUCCCCAUGUGGUAACGUAACCCACAGCCUUUCUUACAUGGUUGUCGAGAGAUUAAGGAAGGAUAGCAGUGCAGACCGAUUAAGACAAUCACAUAAGAAACCACUAUUUUGUUAGGGUGGACUGGACUGUGUCCCCUGUUGUCCUCACUAGUCGUAGUCUCCCACUCAGGGUCCUCUCCAGGGCCAGGUCAUCCACUACCAAGCAGAGACGCGGAGCUGAGAUUUGAAUGUGUUGUCCGUGACACUCGUUUUUGCGUUGAGUACCGGGGUCAUGGAUGUUUCGAUUGGUUUAAUGCAGGGAGUGUGUGUGGGUGUGGGUGUGCAAUCUUUUUGUAUAAGACCAAAAUCCAAAACGACUUUUAACUACUGAAGCUAGAUAAAAAAACAACAACAACCUGUUAAACGUCUUUAGUCUUGGCAUAGCCAGCAGUUACCCCGGCUGUGAGGCCCUGUUUAAUCCCUUUGUGAACCAAAAGUAGACUUUCUAGUCCCUGCAAGGGGCAAUUAUCAAGCACUUUUUAUUGGUUCUUUUACAAUGUAGUUUUAAAAAGCCAAAGAAGUCAAACCAAUUGUUUUAUUUGUUGCCUUUCUAUGUAUUGAAAUAAUCAGAGACAUGCUUCAGACAGUUCACACAGUCAAAAAACAUUACGUUUGAUUUCCAAAGCGUUUUAUGCAUUUUACACCUAAACAUAUGUUAUGGAAAGUCACAAAAUGUGUAAUAUAUAAGUAGUGUCUAAAUGUGACUUGUCUAUGUAAUGCUAGUUCGGUGGAAAUAGGAGUUUCUAUUGUUUGUUAUUUCAAGGUUUUAUAUGUAUUUUUAUUUUGUGUCUGUUUCAUGAUUGCCAAAUUACGACCAGAAUUUAUAUAUUUAUCUACGGGGAAACAUUUGAGGGGAGCAUAGUGACAAAUAUUUUUUCUAUGAAAUCAUAUUAUAUUGUUCUGAAUAAUCAUCAAAAUGUUGGCGACAAAAAACAAAGAUGCCAGGGAACUUCUCCAAUCAUUUCCCCCCAACGUUGCAACUUCUAUUCGUAAGACAGCCACGGAGGUUAAGGAAGUGAGACGAUUCAGGCGUGACUCACACGCACACAAAACAGUGCGUGUUUCACCGCUCACUUUUCAUUCAGGUGUAAAGCGUGAACGACUGCUGCUCGUCCGGUGCCGAUACUCACCGUUAACACGCAAUCACCUCCGGAACCUACCCGUUCCCCCGUGCCAGACCUUUAUAUAGGGCGGAUAACGAUGACGCAACGGCGGAUGUAUACUACGAUGCAAAUCAGAAGCACUUUAGUUAGGACAGCAGCGCUGCGUGCUGGCGUUGACGCAACUUGAAUGUUGCGCAACGCUGUUUAUCACCCCGGGGCGCGUCAGCCUUGUGCUUUUUUUUUGGACUCGAACCAUGACUUUGUACUUAAAGUCACAUGUCACCUUCUUCAGUCAAAUGAUUUGAAUCUCGAGAAAGUCAUGCCGCGGCCGAGGCUUCUGCCGUACAACCAUCAUUCCCGAGCGACUCUCACUUCUUCAUCUUAGGAACAGAGCUUGAUCCUUUGAGACUGACUGAUUGUUAUUGCAGGUCUAAGUGUGUGUGUGUGUGUCUGUGUGUGUGUGUGUGUGUGUGUGUGUGUGUGUGUUCAGGGCACCCCCCACCCCUACAAAUAUGUACAGGGUUUUCUGUAAGUGUUUGAGUGCUCAGUUUUUCUUGUUUUUUUUUUGUACCUCAGAACACUGUAAGUAAUCAUUGUAAACAAUCAUUUUUUUUAAUGUCAUUGAAUUUUGUUUUGGGAGCAGACUGAGUGGAGUGACUUCUGAAUAAAUUAAAUUAAAAUGAUUGUCCUCCAUUCUUUCUGGUGUGCUUAACUUAAAAGAAAAACACGCUGUAAAUACUGUUUUUAUAAUGACUCUCAAUGAGUUUUGAAAAUGAACAUUAUCAAUAAACCUGAGAUUUGUUUCUCAAUGGAACUUG